UAAACCCGUGCGAAUCGGUUAAAUUUUCCCCACAACAUUCCGCAUUUCUUUUUAUAUUAUGUUCAAAUUUCUGUUAAUUUCCGCGUUAAUUGUUCGCGUCGAAAGCAAAUACAUAGAAGGUGAAUUAAGAACGAACGAGAAUUGGGCGUUUUUGGCGCGAUUUUGUUUCCUAUCCGAAGACGGGCAAUUCGAGUACCAAAUCGACUUCGACGAGGACCAAGGCGAUCCGAAUCUACUGCUUUAUUACGAUACGGACGAUCAAUGGCCGGCCGUAUACAAAACAAACAAGACUUGCGAUGAAAGAGAAUCGGUGUUGAACGUCAGGCAAAACCAAAUCGUCAAUUUAACCGCUCGAAUUCAACCGUAUAGAGAAUUGUCCGGAUGUAAUUUCGUUCAAACCAUCACCACAUCACGCUCAUACACUCUAAUAGUACCUACUCUACCGCCGGUACCCAAAACUAACAAAUCUACAAGUACUAUUUCUACUUAUUUCUACGAACCAUCCACCACUCAAUUCACAACAGAAAUGUACAACACAAGCCCAUCAGAUUCCUAUUCUUCUAGUACCGAAAGUACUACGUUGGAUUACGAAACUACAGACGCCUCGAUAGAAACUACGAUCGGAUCGGAUGCGAAGGAAUUGUCCAAACGAUCUACUUUCAACAAAGAAAGAUUCACCACUCGUCAAGGAAGAACUGUGACUUGCCACAACGCCAGGAGGUUCAGAUCGUCCAGGGAAAGAUGGUGGUUUAUUGCAGUUAGCAAUUGCAGGGGCACUAAGGGGAUUAGUAUUAAGUACAAAAUUCUAAUGACCAACGGACCGCCAGGGGAUUACUGGCACGAGCAUUUAUCAGCUGAUGAAUUUUAUAUUUUGCCGGUGCUGAUGGCUUUCACGGUAUCCUACUCGUUUCUGCUGUUGGGAAUCGUCGUUUGCACGAUCGAAUUGAAAUCGAGGCAACUGUUGCACACCACCUACAAAAUAUUCGUGUACUCGGUCAUCGUGCAAUUAUUCGGCGUUUUGUUCGUGAGCAGUUGCUAUUUGAAAUUGGCCGUUAGCGGAUUUUUGGCGGCGAAAGUAAGGCGAUUUGGGCAGAUAUUAAUGGGUACGUCGGAGACCAGUUUCGUUUUGUUGUUAUUGUUAUUAGCGAAGGGUUAUACGAUAACAAGGGGACGGUUGCCUUUACCUGCUAGCAUAAAAUUAACGGUUUUUAUGUGCUUGUACGCCGUCACUUACGCGGCACUUUUUAUCUACGAAGCUAAUGUGUUCGAUCCUGGAGAGGUGCUCUAUUUGUACGAAUCUCCUGCUGGAUAUGGUUUGAUAACUUUAAGGAUCCUAGCUUGGUGCAUGUUUAUUUACUCUACGAUUUUUACUUUAAAACGCUAUCCGGAAAAAGGAAACUUCUAUUACCCCUUCAAUAUAUUCGGCACGUUGUGGUUUGUUGCUGGUCCCGCUUUCAUUCUAUCAGCGAAUACUUACAUUGACAAAUGGGUUAGAGAAUCGGUGGUGUUUGCUGUAUUGCUUUUUAUUACCUUCGGUGGUCAUUUAAUGUUUUUGAUAUUAACGAUGCCAUCGGUGGCGAACAAGAAUUUCCCCUAUCACGUGCGCACCACCCAAAUAGGCAUCAUGGAAUUCGCCGGAGGGAGAUUGGGCAACAGUACAAUGGAACAAUUCGGGCAUCACGUGUACGAACCGACCACGAACGGUCUCCGGGAACAAACCGUCAUUGUGCCGCUCACCAGGAUGUUCCAAGAUUUACCCAAUCACAAUGUUGCUGUUGCUAAUGGACAUGCUGAGGUUAAUUUGAGCGAUAACGAAGAUGUGGAAAAUAGAGAAAUAGACGAAAGGAUCGGUAAUGUAUUGAAUUGGUCGACAGCUAAAAAUGCUACAGCCAGUGCAGAUGCAGCAAUCGCCAAAAGUGCUGAUAAAGUUUCUAUCCGUUCGACGAGCGAUUACAGCCGGCGUUCGUCCGGAGAAGAUGGCGAUGAUGUUUUAAAAAAUACAAACAAUUUCGAAGAAUAUUUGAGAGACGUGCCGAUCGAAUUAUUCACCGUUAGCAAAAUGAUGGCGAAUACCAAUGGUGUAUCGUCGAAGCAACAACAUCGACAACAUCAACAACAACAUAGCGAUUAGUAUAAUGAAAAUAAAUAUGCGAUUCGAGAUGA